AGUUGAGUCUGAAUGUGUCUGGGACCUGUAGUCGUCAUGAACUUUAAACGAAUAUUUCUUGGCUUUUAAAAAAAAAUGUUCCUAUUUGAUGACAGGAUACCUACACCAUUUAAGGAACUGUAGGUUAGUUUAACUGUGCUGUUUAUAACGAAAGUACUUAUAGAACAUAAAUGAAUACUUUUUUUUUUUAAACCGUGUGUGAUUUUAAGUCGUGUGUCAUAUUUUGUGUUAACGAGAUUAUACGGUUCUCCAACUGGAAGAUCGAUACAUAUUUCAAAUAUCAUAGUGAUUAACACGAUUUGUAAAAAAAAUAUUAAUUUUUUUUUUAUUGUUGUUGUUUUUGUUGUUAAUAUAUGAGUGCACGCUGGUUGUAUUAAUGUGGACGGGAGUAACGUCCCUGUCGGCUUUUUAUAUGUUUGGUGGGGGAGGGUGGGUUGACAUUUUAGAUCCUCUGCGAAUACUUUAGAUGGCUUUUUUUAUAAUGUGCCUUCAGUAUGUUUUUAUGGUCUUCAGAAAAAGGUAAAUUAUAAUGUAGAUAUAAAUUUGAAAUUUAAAAAAAAAUAUAUAUUUAUAUAUGUCAACAUAGAUUAUAAAACAACUGUAUAUAUAUAUAUAUAUAUAUAUAUAUAUAUAUAUAUAUAUAUAUAUAUAUAUUGAGAGAGAGAGAGAGAGAGAGAGAAGGGGAGGAGGAGAGGACAAUGCUAUUAAAAAAUAUGUGUGUUCAAAUAAUUUCAAAGUUAAAGUAAGCAGUAGCAACUUAUUUUAAUAUUCAGCACGGUUCAUCUUGACUUAAGUCUUAAGGCUGGCUCAAUGAAGGAUGAGGUUAAGUUAUUUGACUAAAGUGUGACCAAAAGCGAACUGUUAACCUCGUAAAUCCCACUUCCAAUCUCAUUUGUGGGUUCAGAAAAAUAACCCAAAAAAAAACAAGCAAAUUAAGUUAUAUUACAGCAGGACGAUGAGAUGUUGCAAGCGUCAAUAACAAACUAUAUAAUUUGUUCACGGCUACACUUCUUGAGGGUUAAGUCUCGCCUGUUGAUGACUGCGGUGGCCACUCAAUAUUGAAACUGACCUGGAACUAGAGGAGUAUUGCGUCAUUAAAAGAGAAACGCGAAGGAGGUUUAAAGUGCCGUUAGACGUUGACUGCUUUCGGACUCCUUACUUCUCAAUGACCCAGCUGUGCAGUGGUCGUACACACUAUCGCUGUACCUUAGUGGCUCUCAACCUUUGUUUUUUUUUUGCAGCUCCGAACCCCCUCUCGAUUUCAAAACUGAUCCCGCACUCCCUCCCAUGGAUAAAAAAGGUAUUGUAAUGAAAUAAACAUCCCUUAUGCAUGGGUCUUCCCGCAACUCCUGGCUCAGCCACCAGUAUCCACAGGGCUUGACGGGAUAUUUGCUAAGAACCUCUGGUCUGCGUAUUUAGUCUCAAGAAUCUUCUGUUAGUCUUCAGCGCCGCCCCCACCCCCACUUUUUCCCCCAGUCUGAAAUUUACAAGUCGGGGAACUCAUAUAAUUAACAAUAAAUUAAUUUUUUGUUUGUUUUUUAGAGUGUAGCUACUCCAUUUAGAAAAUACAUCUCAUCCUUCGAUUGGUGACAGUUCAAUCCUUAAGCCAAAGACGUCAGGAAGAACAUGUUCUCACGACUGGAGCAGACGACAAGUUACUACUGAGAUGCAUAUGCCCAACGUGUUUCUUAAGAGUUAAUUAGAGUAGAGCACUGUAACUCAGCGGCCUGGGGAAUAACCCCACCGAGCCACUUGGUCACGAUAAGAGGGGCGGGCCGGCCGGGUGACGUCACAGCAACCAGAGUCCAGNUCAAAUCCUUUCAUUGUUAAAGUGACAAGAUGUUACUGAUUUGAAUACACAGCACGGCUCAUCUUGACUUAAGUCUAACGACUGGCUAAAUGAAGGAUGAGGUUAAGUUAUUUGACUAAAGUGUGACAAAACCGAAAUGUUAAACCUCUUGAAUCCCACCUCCAAUCUCAAUUCUGGGCUCAGAAAAAAAAAAAAAAAAAAAAAAAGUUAAGUUAUAUUGCAGCUGGACGAUGAGAUGUUGCAAGCGUCAAUAACAAAAUAUAUAAUUUGUUCACGGCUACACUUCUUGAGGGUUAAGUCUCGCCUGUUGAUGACUGCGGUGGCCACUCAAUAUUGAAACUGACCAGGAACUGGAGGAGUAUUGCGUCAUUAAAAGAAAAACGCGAAGCAGGUUUGAAGUGCCGCUAGACGUGGACUGCUUUCGGACGGACUCCUUACUUCUUAAUGACCUCGCUGUGCAGUGGUCGUACACACUAUAGAUAUACGUCAGGGGCUCUCAAUCUUUUUGCAGCACCGAAACUCCCUCUCGAUUUCAAAAGUGUUCCCCCACCCUCUCCCGUGGAUAAAAUAAAAGUAUUGUAAUGAAAUAAACAUAUAUGAGAAUACAAUGCAUGGGAUCUUCCCACAACUCCUGGCACAGCCACCUGUUUCCACAGGGCCUGCGAGGACACUUGUUAAGAACCUCUGCUCUGCGUAUUUAGUUUCGCAAAUCUUCUGUUAGACUUCAGCCCACCAGUUCCCCCCACCCCUUUCCUCUAGUCUGAAAUUUACAUGGCGGGGAACUCAGAUAAUUAACAAUCAAUUGUUAUUUUUUUUUUUUAGAUUGUCGCAGCUCCAUUUAGAAAAUACAUCUUAGCCACCGAUUGCUAACAGUUCAAUCCUUAAGCCAAAGACGUCAGGAAGAAUAUGUUCUCACGACUGGAGCAGACGACAAGUUACUACUGAGAUGCAUAUGCCCACCAUGUUUCUUAAGAGUUAAUUAGAGUAGAGCACUGUAACUCAGCGGCCUGGGGAAUAACCCCACCGAGCCACUUGGUCACGAUAAGAGGGGCGGGCCGGCCGGGUGACGUCACAGCAACCAGAGUCCAGCUUAUCAGAGGGAAGAGUGGUUAGAACAAUGGCCCCACGCCGGGACCUCGGUGCCAGAGUCGGAGUCAGUUUUCGUGGAUUUGGCAUGUCUGACCUGAAGGCCAUCAUGCAGAGCCUGUCGAUAUUUGUCCUAAUAAUGAUUGGCGCGAUGCUUCCGUCCGCCAGAGGGGGUGAGUACAACAUUUUUUUUUUUUUGUGUGUGUAGUCAAUGGCUGAUGAGACAAGUUUGGGGAUUAUACUCUAAGGUUCUAAUGUGAGCGUUAAACUUGAAAAGGUAUCUUAAGUACUUUAUGGCGUGAGAAGAGUCUGAUUCGGGUUAGGUCACCAGAUUUAAUUGCUGUACCUUGAGAAUUUUCUGAAUGAACUUUCUUUUUCUCCGUCCAUCUGGUGCGUAUAAAUUCGUGGCGUAAAAGUGUAAAAGCGUCGGUCGAUGAAGAAGACAACAGCUAGCGACAACGAUAGCAAAAACUAAAUAGGACCAACAAGAUGAUUAACGGCAACUCACUAACACCAUCAACAACAACAUGAACUAACAACAGCAACUAACAGCAACAACAGCAACUGACAACAGCAACUAACAGCAACAACAGCAACUAACAACAGCAACUAACAGCAACAACAGCAACUGACAACUGCAACUAACAGCAACAACAGCAACUAACAACAACAACUAAGUAACACCCCCCCCCACCACCAACAACAACAUCAGCAAACAACUAACCAAUAACAACAGCAGCAACUAACAUCAACGGCAACAGAGAUAUGCUAGUUGAUACUCUUUCUAGAGCUAAAGAUAGACGUUGCCUUAUUAAAUAAUAUCGACGCAUUUUAAUAGUGUACACUAAAGAACUUUGAACACUAGAAUUUGGCGUGCGCACCGAAUCGCACUGUGGAAUCCUCCUCAUCCUCAUGUCCCUUAGUCCUUGGACCAUUGGGGCGCCACAGAUGACAUGUGAACCAUCCUCUUCCAUUCCUCUCUGUGGAAUAGACUUUCUUUUAUGGCAAGAGACUUUGGUAAUUUUUACACUUAUUUCCAUAGUAAAAAAAUAAAAAUAAAUUAAAGUCUAACUUGUUUCGAGUUUUGUAAGACAUUGGCAUCUUAGAUCCGACAUUUAACAUUGAUAAUUCCCAUUGACUUCAAAACUUCAGUUGAUAUGCCACCUGACAUUGAUAUUUAACGGUGACAUGUCUCCUUGAUACUCGUAAUUGGCCUCUAACAUUGACACCUGUUAUUUCAUCGAAAAUUGACAUCUGGUCUGACCGAGACAUCAUCUUUGAUUUUUUGGUAUUUUCCUCUUACAUGGCAUGUGACAUUGACACCAAAGAUUGAAAUCUGGCAUUGGCAUCUCACAUUACCAUCUCACAUUACCAUCUCACAUUACCAUCUCACAUUGCCAUCUGCCAUUAUCAUCCGCAUGGUAAUCGGCUAUUGACACCUGAUGCUAUUUAUGGCUGACAAAAUUAACUUUUGAAAUUCUAAAUAUGAAUAGACCAAACUUAGUAAAUUAAAGUUUGCUUGGGAAGUGGGUCAAUCCUAUAAAUAGGUAAGUCAAAAGAUGUCAAAUGAUAAAACCAAUGUAUCUUUCAAAGCAUUGACAAUGCCAUUGUCUUAACUUCAGUUUAAGUUUAACAACCCCUUAAAAACAAAGGGUUUGGUAUAAAUCCUGUAUAAAAUGAAAUAUCGAGCAACAGGAGGUGUGGGGGGAGGGGGGAGGGGGGGGCUGAAAAAUUGACAAAACAUGCACACAAGUAACGCACUUUAUAAGAAUCUCCCCCCCCCCAAGCCUCGCAGCCGCAAUUUUUUUUUACGCCACUGGACUAUAUCAAUAUUCUUAUGACCUAACAGCUUUUUAAACCGCAGACUUAUUUCACCAACUAUUUUAAAAAAAAAUAAAUAAAUUAAAAAAAAAAAAAAUAGUACCAACCAAACGAGUUUUGUUUCGUGAAUCCAUAUUUCCUUCAUUUUCCACUUGACAAAACAACACAAAAAACAACGGAAACACUGAUGUUUGCUGGUUGGGGUUGGGGGGGGGGGGGCUACAAAAAUUAAAAUAUGUAUUGUCAUCGGCAACGAGUGCAUGUGCCAAGUAGAUAGGGUGACGGGAAGUGAGUCAAAUCAUCCGUCCGAAGAUUUUGCCAGUCAGCCAGCCACGAACUAAAAGUGAAGUUAAUACGAAGGACUUAAAGAAGGAUCGCGGUCGCAAAAACCUCAGCGUUUGUUCAUUUGUGUGUGCGUGCGUGUGUUUUGUUGUUGUUAUUUUCCACCACUAAAGUCGGUCACGUGGUGAUGGCCUAAUAGAAACAGCCAAUACUUUGUUUUAAUUUAUUGUUGAACUUAUUUUAAUAAAUAGAAUAAAGAAAAAAACCCAGCUGUCACAGACAACCCAGUGAAUAAACUCAUUUGGUACCCAAACAGUUAAAAUGUGUAAGCUAGUGUUAAUUCAAGGCGCAGUAUUUCUUUGAAUGCUUGAAGAUAAAUUGGCUACCUUAAAUAUCAAGCUAUGCAAAAAAACGUUUCAUAACACAUAACAAAUAGAAAUUCAAAAUAGUCAAAGAAAUUUAACCCUAUCCUCGUCGAGCCACGUGGUAAUAGAAUCGAACAUCCCUCACUGCUCGCCCAUAUCCUCUAGUUCUCGUUCACUCACUGUCUCUCCCUCUCUCUGCCUUCUACCACCCUCUCUCCUAUCUUUCACCCUCUCUGUCUUCCAGUCUCUUUCACCCUCUCUUUCCCUCUCCCCCUUUUCCCCUCUCACAUUUUUCCAAAAAUAUGACGAGAAAUUAAGAAGAUAUUUUUGGCAAAGUUUCACUUAUAUAAUUGUACCCUCUGAGUUGACCUUGAAUUAUCUGUUGUAAAGAAAGGUAGAUUGAUUUAUUUAUUUAGGCAUUUUUAUAUAGCCCUUACCUUAAAGCUCUAAGCGCUUUAGAAUUAUUAAAAACAUGUAAACUAACUACAAUAAAAAUGAGACACUAGGAUAGUAACUACUAUACUAUAGAAACAAUUAAAAUGGCUAUAAAACGAGGACACUUUGGCACGUUUCGGCCUAUACUACAGGAUCAACCCGAGACAGAAAAUGAUUUUAAAAAAAGCCAUCAGUAUUUUAGGCUAUAUAAACAUUUGUAGAGAGGAUUAAAUUAAACACUCAGUAUCAAAACCAUUGUAAGCAGAGGUGCAUUAAAUACGCAUGCCAACAACAACAAAAUCAAGACAACUUUUAUCUUUUUUGCCUUGCGUUUUAGAUCUGUUCCCAGUGUUGUUUGGCUCCCAAAUAAUGACUCCUAAAAUAUGACUCCUAAAAUAUGACUCCUAAAAUAUGACUCCUAAAAUAUGACUCCUAACAUAAUGACUCCUUAGAUAUGACUCCUAAAAUAUGACUCCUAAAAUAUGACUCCUAAAAUAUGACUCCUAAAAUAUGACACCUAAAAUAUGACUCCUAAAAUAUGAAUUCUAAAAUAUGACUCCUAAAAUAUGACUCCUAAAAUAUGACUCCUAAAAUAAUGACUCCUAAAAUAUGACUCCUAAAAUAUGACUCCUAAAAUAUGACUCCUAAAAUAUGACUCCUAAAAUCGCUUCAUAUUUUUCUUAACAGCUCUAAAUUUUAAGCUAUUGUUAAAUUUUUUUUUUUUAAAUGGUUUAUUCUAUGUAUGUCUUUGUAGGUCAAUUUUGCUGAAUUUCUAGCCAAUACAACCGGCUUUGAUCGGAGUUUCAUUCAGAACAAAAUUCAAUAUCAUACAGCGUUGUAAGCGAAAACGUUGUCAAAAAACACGUCACUAAAUUAACUAUUAAAAUUUAAAUCUUCUCAUAUAUCAGGCCAGAUUUAUAACAAUUCUUGUACACAUUGAAUUUGGGGCUCAUCCUGUUUCACUUAAUAUUCCUGAAACCGGAGUGCCUGCCGUUGUACGCUUGCAUUGCAGGUUGGUUGUCAGGUAUUCUGACCAGGUGUCAUAACAAUUAAUUUUUUGUUGAGCAAUACACUAUCUGAUUGGGAGAGCACCAACCCUUGUUAUCUUAUUUCUCGGUUCCGAAUGUGUCCCCCUUUCUUGUGUUGACAACACCUCGCCUUGGACAUAAUCAUAAAACAUGUUAUUAUUUUACUCUCGAGCAUUUCAUUAAGAGCCCAGGUUUGAUACUGUAACACUACCUUUUGAAUAUCGGAUGUGAGUAAUAACAUUCAGUCAAAAACUUAUUUUGUCUGGUAAUUAAGAAGUUUAAAAUAAGUUCACCACAUGUAAAUAAUUUAAUUUUUAAAAAAGGUGCAAUCUUCAAUGGACUGACAAUGUUACGUGUGUAACAAAUGAUGCCUUUGAGACAUCGCCAGCCUCAUGAAAUGCUCCCACACAUUCAGGGACUUAAAUUUUAAUCAUUGCUGAUUUGGGGCUAAAUCAAACACUUGCAAUUCUCACUUCCACACAUGGGCGCCCGUAGAAAACUUUCUGGGGGGGGGGGGGGGCAAAAAAUUAGUUUAUUUUCUGAGGGGGGGGGGGGGAUAAAAAUUUGUUGGGGGGGCAAAAAAAUCGAUUAACUUUCCAGGAGGGGGGGGGGGCAAACAAUUUUUAGUAAUGUUUUAAUAUAGUUCUAAUUUACUCUAGCGUAUUUGUAUGGUGAACGAACGGACAGGACAUCAGCUUACUUACUUUUUCUUUAUUUUCUCUUUACUUUAAUAAAUUUUUUGUCUAUUUUUGUCUAAAAUAUUUUUAUCCAAUCAAUACCCUACCUGCGGGCGCCCAUGCUUCUACACACACACUUAGUUUAUUAUAAAGUUGGGGAUAAACAUUCAGAAUAGAACACCGAUGACUGUGAACCCAAAGGUGACCCCAAAGUACCUUUUAUGCCUACCCCAUUAACUAUGUGAGAACCUGAAGUGAAAAGUGUAGUUAAAGAUUUAACCACGACAAAAGAAUGCAGCGGCAUGUAAGGUAGAUGGAAUGGACAUAUGAUGAAGAUUUUUGUUGAAAUCUUAUUUGAGAUUUUCCUGUUGGAUCCUAUCUUAUGAAGUCUGAUGAAAGGAACUUCAUUUGUGCAGAAUUUUAAUGGGAAGCCUCCAUAAAAUACUUUCUUUUGAAAUAAACUAAAUAUAUUUUCAUGCAUCAAAAUUUUCUUUAAAUAAUUAAUAUAAUGCAUUGUGUUUAAAAAAAAAGACACAUGUUCAAUAGAUCUGAUGUGGGAAAGAUUGGCGCCAUUUCUUGGAAUCAACCCGUCAAAUAUAGGAACAAGUCUUACAUUUGAGGCACCGAGUUUUGUGGUGACAAGUGUUAUUAUUUAUGAAAUUGCCCCUCAGGUUGUUAAAUUUCAAGAACCUCUGUGCUAAGUCAUGCAUUCCUAGUUAUUGUCCUCCUUAUCGUCCUUCUAUCCUCAUAUCCUCCUCAACACCCCCCCCCCACCCUCCUCACCGGCUCACUAUGGAGUCUGAUAAGAAGCCAGUCACUUAGAGAUGAAAAAACACUUGAGUCGUAAAUAGGAGAGCUCAGGCUAAUUAUAAAAUUUGUCAUAUUCCUGGUGGCCUUUUUUUCUCUCCUUGUAACGGGGUCUACUCUAAUGAACUUGGUAUGACGUGGUCAGACGUUUGAGUAAGAAAUAAAAAUAGAAAUGCAUUUAUAACUAAAUGCUAAACUAACUAGGGGCGAAGAAAAGAAGGGGGGUAGACAGAGUUAGUGGUGCCUGAGGUGGGCGGGCUAUGAUUUUUUAUGCCACACUUCGGAAAAGCUCUGCACCUUUAAAAAAAUGCCGCCCCUCCACAUAAGGAAAAAAGUGCGGCCUAUGGUGGACCACAACCCCCCACCCAAAUCUCACUUUCUACGCCACUGUAGCCUAUAAUAAAAUGUAUGGAACACUAUUAGCCUUGUUGUUACCUGGACGAAGUCAUGGAUCUCCUCAACACUGAUAAAUCCUUUGGCAUUUGACAACUGGAAUAACCUUGGUGGGUGGCUGCCUUCAUCCUGCGACAGAACAAAAUUGUUAGAGACUUUUUGUUAGUCUAUCAGACAGGACAAAAUUGUUAGAGACUUUUUGUUAGUCUAUCAGACAGGACAAAAUUGUUAGAGACUUUUUGUUAGUCUAUCAGACAGGACAAAAUUGUUAGAGACUUUUUGUUAGUCUAUCAGACAGGACAAAAUUGUUAGAGACUUUUUGUUAGUCUAUCAGACAGGACAAAAUUGUUAGAGACUUUUUGUUAGUCUAUCAGACAGGACAAAAUUGUUAGAGACUUUUUGUUAGUCUAUCAGACAGGACAAAAUUGUUAGAGACUUUUUGUUAGUCUAUCAGACAGGACAAAAUUGUUAGAGACUUUUUGUUAGUCUAUCAGACAGGACAAAAUUGUUAGAGACUUUUUGUUAGUCUAUCAGACAGGACNUAUAUAUAUAUAUAUAUAUAUAUAUAUAUAUAUAAUAUUUGUGUGUGUAAGGAUUCACCAGAAAUCUUUUAAUGACCUUUUUCUAUUCGCAGAUCUAUGCUCAGAUUUUUACGUUGUAAAUGACGAGUGGCGCUCCGUGUCCAGCACAGCUAAGCCUGAACACUGCGACAGGGACGUGUUAGAGGCGGGGAAGUGGUACGCAUUCAGUGUGAAUGGUAGUUACUCCGAUAUUCCCACCGAGUGCAUUAAGGUACGUCCAAAAGCUGGGAGUUGCCAAUUAAGCUGGUUCUAUUAGAGUAGCUGUUUGUCAAAUUAUUCAAACCCAUUUGUUGGCGAAAAGCUUCCGGUGCUUUGCAGUAAAAAAACAACAAGUAAACACUUGCUCUAACUACGGAAGCUGUGAUCACAUGACCGCAGCAUUAUGGAGUUUUUAACAUUUCGGUUACAAUUUGCAGUUUUCAAUCUGUAGAUUACAAAAAAAAGCAUUUUUUUAAAAAAAAUAUUUCAAAACGUUGUCAACUAGAAUAAUCUGUGGUUUAUCAUGUUAUACAAAUAUACUGUAUUUUAGUAAUCAUUGAAACUUACUCUUGAUAUCUGAGUGGCAAACAGUUAACAGGGAUUUUUUUAUGGACACGUUCUCUGCGAUUGAAAGUUAGCAUGUUGUUGUAAUGCGAUAGUCAUGAUGUUGUCACGCUGUUGUCAUGUUGUUGGCAUGCACCUGGCCGUUGUUUUUUUAAAUUAAUUUUAAUUGCAGUACAAUUUUACUUUCUUGUGAAUUUAAUCGAAUAGCUAUUUCUUUCUUUUUUUUUAUCAUUCAAUUGAUGACCACCUACAAAUCGCCUGUCCUUGAUAGAAACUAACUGUAAUCUAUCGUUCUUUUCGACAACCUGGACCAAGAUUAUGUUUGGGUGAUCAAUACAAAUCAAAGUUCAUUGACAGAAACCAUAAUCGACCUUGAUUAUGAAAACAGUAACAGACGCAACUUUUUAUUUUGUCAAAGACACACAGACACUGGUGUUUAUUUUUUCAAAAGACACACAGAAACUGGUGUUUAUUUUGUCAAAGACACACAGACACUGGUGUUUAUUUUGUCAAAGACACACAGGCACUGGUGUUUAUUUUGUCAAAGACACACAGACACUGGUGUUUAUUUUGUCAAAGACACACAAACACUGGUCAACGAAAAACUCUAAACAGGACACUCCAUAUAUUCAUAAGACGGCACAUCUUGCCCCCGAUACGACAGUGUGUUUCCUCUACAGCUGAUCCACUUACAGCCUUCUCGGAACUCAUUUCAAAGUCUACUUGUUUAGUAAAGAUCUUUGCGAUCUUCUUCCGGAAUGGCGCUAACAUAUCGUGUACCGGAACUAGAUGUCUGCGGCCUAUUGUGCGUAUUUAAUCAGAAGAAGGCAAAGUGAAUCAAAAUGGCGUUUGGGGGGGGGGGAGAAAGAGAAGAUGUUUGAUUGGUCGAGUGGUUAUAUAGGUCCCUACUAGGUUAUGUAGGCCCCCACUAGGUUAUGCAGGCCUCCAUUUGGUUAUGCAGGCACACAUUAGGUUUAAUAGGCCUCCAAUAGAUUAUGCAGGCCCCGACUAGGUUAUUUAGGCUCCGACUAGGUUAUGUAGGCUCCCACUAGGUUAUGUAGGCUCCCACUAGGUUAUGUAGGCUCCCACUAGGUUAUGUAGGCUUCACUAGGUUAAGGAGGCUCCCACUGGGGUAUGUAGGCUCCCACUAGGUUAUGUAGGCUUCCACUAGGUUAUGUAGGCUCCCACUAGGUUGUGUAGGCCUUUAGUAGGUUAUGUAGGCCCUCACUAGAUUACGUUGGCCCCCACUACGUUAUUUAGGCCCCCCUUAUGAUAUGUAGGCUCCCAAUAGAUUAUUUAGGUCCCCACUAGGUUAUGUAGGCCCCACUAGUUUAUGUAAGCCCUCAUUAUGUUAUAUUUGCCCCCCCCCCCCAACCCAUGAACGUUAUUGUUCUUAAUCUCCCAUUGCCGUGGGUCAUGAAGAUACAAUUCCAUUAAAGAAAUCAUAUGGACCUCAUCAUAGGUGGUAAAUAACCCAGUGAAUUAAAAUGUCCUUUUCACAUCGUCCAUUACACCUAGUGCAUUUAUUUGAUUCUAAGAGUCUCUAAAUAUGACUGAAUAUUUAACCCACCUUGAAGGGAUGCAAACUUGCAAUCAGAAGAGACUCAGAGACUCAGAGUAGGAGAUUCACAUUAAGAGACUUAACAUCGGAGACUCACUAUCAGAGACUCAAAGUCGUAGACUCAAAGUCGGAGACUUACAAGACGGCGUCAUUUUUCCCCACAACUAUGAAAAUACAUUUUAAAAAAAAAUUAACAUAAAAAGGAACUUUUUAAUUCCUAUCGCGAAAAUAACAUUGAACACAGGAGGUACAUUUUAAAGAAAGUUUGUCGCAUUAUCAAAUCAUAAAUAUAACAGUUCGCAGUCACAAUAUUAUAUUAUUUUGGUUUUUAAGUAAGUGAAAUAAAUAUAAUUAAUAUACGUUUGACUUUUCAUGAUUCAUACGCCCUUCUACCCUUUUAAAAUUUCGGUCACUGAUAGUGUACAACCAGUAGGCAAUUUCAAUCGGGCAUAGGGUACGCUGUGUACAACCAGUAGGACAUUUCAGUGGAGCAUCGGGUUCUCUUCGUACAACCAGGUAGCCAUAUUCAAAGGGCGUCAGGUAUACUCAACACGUAGGAAAACUUUGUAGUUCAACUCUUAAACACUUCCAAAGACUUUGUCUUGUUGAAACACAUUGUUGUGAUAUUUGCCAUGCUUUGAAUCCAUAGAAUAACAAAUGCGGAGCUAAGAUCGCCAUGAGACUGGAAUUAAACCAAUCACUUCCAAAAGAGGGAGACAUCACUGAAGCAUUUUUAUGUGGCUCUUACAAUAUAUUGGGUAAGGACAAUUUCAUUUUUUUUUUUUUUUUUUUUUUUUUUUAGGGUUUUUAAUAUAUUGUUAUCAUUUUUAUUUUUUAAAUUUUUUUUUUUUUUUUUUUUUUUUUUUUUUAGGGUUUUCAAUAAAUUGUACGCAUUUUAAUUUUUGAAAUUAUGCUCUACUGAUAGCCUUUCCGUUUGAAGCAAUUUCCCUUUGCCGUCAUAUGAUUGUGAAAAAAAAAAUCUUUCAGAAAUCUGAAAGAAUAUGAUUAGGGGACGAGUCUGUGUGCCAAGUUUCAACUCGAUGGGAUUAGGGAAGUGGGUAAGUUAGCCAUCCGAAGAUGUUUGCCUAAAACGAACACACGGAGAAGCGCAGUGUUAAUGUCAAGGAAUUACAAAAAAGGCUUACUGGCAGCUAUGUAUGUUUGUCAGACUUUGAAUAACGUUUAAUAUAAUAUAAUAAUAAUUUUUGUGCGCUUUUAAACAAUUCGGUGCUACUGUUAACUCUUUCAUUCUCGUCUCCCUGGACUUGUAAACUAAAUUUAAAACUGCCAGUCGCCGCUAACACCCACAACUCGGCGCGGCUAGAUCUAUAAUUUCACGCGAUUGUAAAUAUUUAGGGGCUGCUGUUGACUAUGGCUUUCUAAACUUUUUGUCUUGGUCUAAGUCAGCCAUUUAGAUUUUUGCGUUCACCUAUAAUUUGUCACUCGUGAUACCAAAAAGAAAAUAAAAAGUAUUGCUACCACAAUUAUUUUAACUACAUGUCUGUGAUUCGUCUUGAAGGCAAAUACGACUGUUGCGUGUUGAGAACCCCUGUGAGGAUAUCUGUGUGCAGUGGUAUCACAGUCUACCAGUUUCCCACCCCUCCAAUUGAUCGAUGUUCUGUUGCCAUCUGCGCACGAGGUAAGACUUUUAAGGGUCGUUCGUAAUUUAUGUCACGCUCAAAAAAAAAAAAAAAAAAAAGGGGGGGGGGGGGGGGNGGGAGGUGGAGGGGUGUGGGUGAAUCGAGAAUUUGAAACAGGGGGUAGGGAGAAGGUCAAAAAUUGUGAAGUCCCAAAAGAUAAAUUUAAAAAAUCUAUCAUUUUCUAAUCUUGAAAAAUUUUAAUCAACUAAUUUUAAAAACAUUUUUGUGGUUUGGAAUCGCCUCAUGUAAUAGGUACAGUUAAACUCAGUCGCGCAAAACUUCUGCGCAUAUCGAAAACUCGGGGAUGACUUCGUUGUUUUGCGUUUUACGUCACAGUUUCCUAACAACAAAUUAUUUUGUCAUCAGUGGCGUGGAGCGCAUAUCUUUCCCAAACACGGCGAUAUCAUUUUUGCAUCAUGGUGUAUGCCUCGUGACUGGCGAACUAUUUAUUCUUAUGUAUCGAUGAGUACAUAACAGCUUAAUACUUUUUAACCGUGGUAGUUAACCGUAACACAACUUGAUAAAUUCACAAAGAGGAAUAUUUAUUUCUUUAAAAAUAGCAAUUUCGCAACAUAUAUAUAUAUAUUUUUUGCAUUUUACAGUAAAUGCCAUUGUCAGUUGAUAUGUUUGAUACGAAUAUUGUACAAGAUGGCAAUAGCUGCUAGACAUUUGAGAACACUGAGCAGGAAGUUUCACGAAACGAAAAAACAACUUCAAAUUUUUACCAUUGAGCAUCAUCCAAAUCCAUUGUGGGGAAAAUGUUAGAGAAUAAAAUGAAAUAUUUGUUUAGUUAUUAAAAUUUCAUGUACGUUUUGAAUUUUUUAAAGUGUGACGUAACACUAAAAAAGAGGGGGUGGGGUAAAGAAUUUGCGUCACAUUUGUGACAGGGGGUCUGAAAAGGUCAUUUUUUGCCUGACGUAAUUUACGAACGAAGCCUUAUUGAUAACUUAAAAGCUAAGAGACAUUUUAGGCGAAGUUCCUCUCAAACCGAAAUAGUUACCACUGCUCCAAAAGAGACGGAACAACACACUGUCAUUUGUGAUCUGUUUUAGCGUAUAGAUCUAGUGACCUUCCAAGAUACUCUAUCAUAGGUCAUCUGUUUUAGAGCUUAGAUCUAGUGAACAUCCACGAUACUCUAUCAUAGGUCAUCUGUUUUAGAGCUUAGAUCUAGUGACCUUCCACGAUACUCUAUCAUAGGUCAUCUGUUUUAGAGCUUAGAUCUAGUGAACAUCCACGAUACACUAUCAUAGGUCAUCUGUUUUAGAGCUUAGAUCUAGUGACCAUCCACUUUAGAGCUUAGAUCUAGUGACCUUCCACGAUACACUAUCAUAGGUCAUCUGUUUUAGAGCUUAGAUCUAGUGACCUUCCACGAUACACUAUCAUAGGUCAUCUGUUUUAGAGCUUAGAUCUAGUGACCUUCCACGAUACACUAUCAUAGGUCAUCUGUUUUAGAGCUUAGAUCUAGUGACCUUCCACGAUAAACUAUCAUAGGUCAUCUGUUUUAGAAAUUAGAUCUAGUGACCUUCCGCGCGAUGAAAUAAUACUCAAGUGAAACAAUUUUGCGAAGACGGGCGACGAUCAGCGGUCCUCACGCCAUGUUAUACUCUAAAGGGUGAUUGUCACGGUCAGAUCGCGUGAGUUUUUUGUGUCAACGUCUAUAAUGUUAAUUUGACCAAUCGUGGGUGAGUUUAUUUUCCCCGUGUGCCCCACGAGUUUUUAUUUGUUCUCGGUCAAGGUAUGACCGGUGUGCUGUGUCUGAAAAAACCAAGUGUGUGAGUUUUUUUUAAGGAGUGAGCAGUGGCGAGUGCUGUGGAUAUGGUGUAUGAUUUUUGUCUUGUGAAAGGCAGUGAGUUUUUCUACGAUGGAAGAGGACUUGUGUAACUUUAACUGUUUUGUGUAGUGGCAUAUAGGCACACAUAGCCAAUAAAUAAGAAAACCUGAAACCCUGAAUUGUUUGUUGAUACUUGGAGCAAGAGUCAGCUCUGUAGGAGCUGGAAAUAAAGGGGUUCUAGACCCUUGAAAAAAUUGUUCUGUGGCUAGAUCAGAGGGGACCGACCCCUAGACAACAUACGUCACGCCACAGUGAUUGCUUUAAAAUACAAUUCAGACAGUUGGGGGACGAUGUGAAGUUCUUACCUAUGACGGUCCACGCGAUACAACAUUCAGAAGAGCUCCAUGAACUUACCCGCCCACUCUCCAAUUAAAAAAAAAGUGUAACAUGUAGUAACAAUAUGUCUCUAACCAGGAUAUUUAAAUUUCUUUAUACAGUAACUUAUUGUUUAUGUUUUCUUAUUUUUUCUUUUGUUUUUUUUUCAUGUUGGGUGGGUGAAGCAAAGGGGGUGGGGAAAAAUUGCCUUAAAACCAGUAUGGAGAAUUACCCAUCAGCUUGAUAACAUACGUUAACAAGUACUGAUACCAUUCCCCAAUAGACACUUCGCCAGUACUAACUCAUAGACCCCCCCCCCCGGUCUGCCUUCCAUGUUGACAAGUUGUGACAUUGAAAAAAAACAACAACUAAAAUUGCAAUAAAUCAUCCAAACUAAAAAUGUUUGAUCUCAUUGUAACAGAUCCUCAUGAGCCACUGCUACCUCGGUCAGUGAUAGCAAGGACGGGAGAUGUCCAUGAUGAGGCCAGCACCACGGAAUGUGAGUCCAUGACAUGUUUUUAUAGCAGAAUAGCCAUCAAACAUUUUAUUGCACUAGGUUUUGUUAGAUGUUUAUUAUUUAAAAAUAAAUUAAAGUAAAGAAACAAAAGAAAUAUUUACGUUAAUGUUAUUGGAUCAUAGACACCUUCGGGGAAUCGGUUCAGAAAACGAGACUGGUCUUAAUUUGAGGAAUCGAUAAUAAAAUUGACAGUUUUUGAUGUGGGAAUGCUGGGCAAAGGACUGUCCAACAUGUCGAGUAAGAUAUUUUUUUAUUUAUAGGAGUGAUAUAAAGGUGACCAGCAUCAACACGCGGAGGCCUGUGAUUAUAUAUAAAAAAGUGGGGGGGGGGGGUCAAUUGAUGAUUAAGGUAACCUGUACUUCGCAUUUUUUUUUCUUUGCUAUUUGGUGCUAAAGGUAUUUCGGGGUUUUAUUUAUAGGAGUGAUAUAAAGGUGACCAGCAUAAACACGGGGAGGCCUGUGAUUAUAUAUAAAAAAGUGGGGGGGGGGUCAAUUGAUAAUUAAGGUCACCUGUACUUCGCAUUUUUUUUUCUUUACUAGUUGGUGCUAAAGUUAUUUCGGGGGCAGGGGGUAGGAGCGCUGGUUUUCUGACCCCCUUAAAGUUUGCCCCCUCUGACCCAACCCUGUGGGUGCCCAUGGCUUUGAUUAACGCCUGAACUAGCUAGCGAACUGCUGUACAACAUGGAGUUAAACAGGCGAAACCUUGCGCCAAACGCAAGCCCUGGCGAAAAAAGAGCCAACAGGAAGGUUGACGCGUGAUCAACCUUCUCAACGUUGACAUGAGUAAAGUGAAGAUGACCGACACUUCAGGAUCAGACUCUUGAGCUGUAUACUCGCUGAAGUGGAGACAUAAAAAAAAAAAAGGAAUCUCCAAGACGUACGGAUGUUGGUGGAUGACAUAGAUAAGAUUUCAAAUGACGAUACGUACAUGCACAAGCUGUUACAGCACUCAAUAAAAAUGAGACGACAGGCUUACUUAACAUAACACAAGGGACGCAAUCCGUAAACACACGUCUCGUUUUCUGUACUCAAUCCCUUAAAUUUCUCAGAGUUUUUAUUUUUAUACAAGAGCUAAAAUAAGGAAACCAUUAAUAUUUGCUUUUAUGAUGAGCCGAGUUUUUCCAAAUAGUUUUUUUUUUUUUUUUUUUAAUCUUAAAAAAAAAAAUUAAUUAUGAAAAUCUUUGAUUGGAUUUUUUUAAUUUUAAGGUUUUAAAAUNAUGACAUAGAUAAGAUUUCAAAUGACGAUACGUACAUGCACAAGCUGUUACAGCACUCAAUAAAAAUGAGACGACAGGCUUACUUAACAUAACACAAGGGACGCAAUCCGUAAACACACGUCUCGUUUUCUGUACUCAAUCCCUUAAAUUUCUCAGAGUUUUUAUUUUUAUACAAGAGCUAAAAUAAGGAAACCAUUAAUAUUUGCUUUUAUGAUGAGCCGAGUUUUUCCAAAUAGUUUUUUUUUUUUUUAAAUCUUAAAAAAAAAGAUUAAGUAUGAAAAUCUUUGAUUGGAUUUUUUUAAUUUUAAGGUUUGAAAAUGAAGCUCUCGUAUCGUAGUGAGUUUCUACCAUUUCCCCAUCAUUCUGUGCACGCAAAUAUCUACCACCUCUUGAUAUAAAAUAAAUUGGCUAACAUCUGUAGCGGUGGUUUGAUAUCAUCAAUACUAUACGCUUAUUGAUAACUAACAGCAACGGAAUGCACUUUUCCAUAAAAAACAACAACAAACAAAAAAACACACAAAAAAACACACAAAAAAACACACAAAAAAACAACAAAAACAUAGAACAUAGACAAGAAUAAUUUUUAAUCUAAAUGAUUUUCUUCCUCUCCAAUAUAAAUGUUACCUAUUUCGUUUGCUUAAUCCCAUUUAAAACUUAACAUCUAUACCUGAUAUGAUUUUUUUUUUUACAUGAUAUCAUCAGCAGCAGCAACGACCACAUCAGACGUCGAUACUACACUAGGGGCAGGCGACACGGACACACCAUCGACCACCCCACCAGCAAACGGUGGAAGUGAUCCACCAACGAACGGUGGAAAUGAUCCACCAACGAACGGUACAAGUGAUCCACCAACGAACGGUGGAAAUGAUCCACCAACGAACGUUACAAGUGAUCCACCAACGAACGGUACAAGUGAUCCACCAACGAAAGGUGGAAGUGAUCCACCAACGAAUGGUGGAAAUGAUCCACCAACGAACGGUACAAGUGAUCCACCAACGAACGUUACAAGUGAUCCACCAACGAACGGUACAAGUGAUCCACCAACGAAAGGUGGAAGUGAUCCACCAACGAACGGUGGAAAUGAUCCACCAACGAACGGUACAAGUGAUCCACCAACGAACGGUGGAAAUGAUCCACCAACGAACGUUACAAGUGAUCCACCAACGAACGGUACAAGUGAUCCACCAACGAAAGGUGGAAGUGAUCCACCAACGAACGGUGGAAGUGAUCCACAAACGAGUGCCACCCAAAAUGACACCUACCCUUGCAACUCGUCUGGUGAAGCCACAUCGUAUACCACGCCAUCCGACGUCACGGUGAGUGACGAAUCAAUAGAUGUCCCAGCGCCUGCACCAACAACCGAAUCGUUCACAAGCACCACACCAACAGACACCACGAGCCCUGACGUACCAACCAUGGAUGCACUUGAAAACGUACCCACCACGGAUGCAACUGGAGUCGUCUCAACCAGUGUUGCACAACAAGAAACCACCAUCAUCGUAUCGCACUCAUCGGACAUCACCGGCGGUGUGCCUACCGAUUCAACCCCAGGCCCAAGCGUUAUGUCCAGCGAGGCAGACACCAACAACGAUGCACCACCAAUGGACUUUCAACAAUCGACUACGUUCGCACCAUCAGAAACCACGACCGAAUCCACGGAUAAAACAACUGAUAAAAUAUCACAGCGCGUGGAAUCAACUGAUGGCGACACGACAACGAUGUCGCCCCCUCUAGACACCGGUGAUGAAACUUCCUCCGUCUCACCCAUGUCGGUCUCUUCAGAAGUGGACACAUCUUUGGACGCCAACUCAACGAGUCAUCCCGGCGACGGAUCUGGGGAUACUGGUGAUACUGUUUACGUGACAACGUCCAAGUCUUCAACAACCGAUGCCGCUGACAACGAUCUAACCCGGUCAGUGUCUGUAAUGACUGGCGGCGCCACCCAAGGUGCUCAAUCCACAGAAGAGACAUCCAGCACGGAUACAUCAUCUGGUGACAUAUCAGCGACUACCGUAGCGGAAGCCGAGAGAACUGAAUCUUCACAUGCUGAACAACAACACGGUGACUCCCUCACGACUCUUACGCGUGACCCAUCAACUUCCGGCAGUACAUCAUCUGAAACUUCAACUGCUGCUGGAGCAACUACAACCACGACCACGAUGGCAUCGCCCACACAAACUUGGACACCAGCAACAGCUGCUGGAGCAAUUACCAACGCAACCACGAUGGCAUCGGCCACAUCAACAACACCGCUGUUAUUGACAACCACAGGCAAACCAUCAGCUACAGACAUUAAUGAUUUGAUCAUGAUUGAGGGCAUUCGAUUCGUUUUCAGAGGCAACCAUUCGGUGAGUAUUGAGAACCGUCUGCGCAUGUGCGUAAUUCACAUUUAAUUUUGCAAAUGACUUCGUAAAACUGUUUUGGGGCGUCUGGGGGGACCAGGGGGGGGGGGGUUACAGUUGACGAUCUGCGGCGUGUUUAUGUUGUGGAACUUUAGGGAGUCUUUCAGCCAGCCAAUCAAAUUUCCGGGUUAAUUCACAUUUAAUUUUGCAAAUGACUUCGUAAAACUGUUUUGGGGCGUCUGGGGGGACCAGGGGGGGGGGGGUUACAGUUGACGAUCUGCUGCGUGUUUAUGUUGUGGAACUUUAGGGAGUCUUUCAGACAGCCAAUCAAAUUUCCGGGUUGUCUUCUUUUGAUCUAAGCCCGGAAAGCAGAAUGCCUGCUAUUGUAGGCUUUUGUGGAAGAUUUGCUGAUAGGCGCUAUAUUCGGUUGCCCAAAACGGUUAAUUUGCUGUUGGGUCAUAAGCUUAUUCAUUUUUUUAUGGCCCCAUCCAGGUGCCUUAUUUCCCGGUAGCCAUGAAGACAAUAUUAAUCCUACCUAGCUUUAAAUCCGUAGCACAAAGGUGAUAGUGUAGUAGCAAGUGAUGAGAAUACUAUCAAAUGAUGUCUUUGUAAAUUGUAUGAAACAAAAUAAUACGCGCAUGCGUCUUGUCCCCAUGGCAACAACUUCCAUCAUGUCUCUAUGCCAACUGUUUCCAUCUUUUCUCUAUGCCAACUGUUUCCAUCUUGUCUCUAUGCCAACUAUUUCCAUCUUGUCUCUAUGCCACUAUGCCAACUGUUUCCAUCUUGUCUCUAUGCCGCCUGUUUCCAUCUUGUCUCUAUGCCAACUGUUUCCAUCUUGUCUCUAUGCCAACUGUUUCCAUCAUGUCUCUAUGCCAACAGUUUCCGUCUUGUCUCUAUGCCAACCACACACGUCUUAUAUCCAUAUCAACCACAUCCAUAUUUUCGUGAUAAACCAACUUCACAGAGCAUCAAUUUCUCGUCGAUUGUCUGCAAUGUCUUGGAAAGCUUCCUGUCAAGUGCUGUCCGAGAAUCAGUCAAAAGCUGGAGCUACAAGCUGUUAUCAGCGUCUGAUCCUGUCCUGUUCGACAGCUUGACCACGUACGUCGAUAUCACGAUUGAACACACGGCGAAGGAAGGUGAGUCAACGACUACUGUCCACCAUCUUAGUCUCUCCCCUUGUUCCCCUCUGUCACUACAAACAGUCACCCUCCACCCCACUCUCCACCUCGUUCUCUUAUCUUAUGAUAUCUUAUUUUAUAAUGUAGAAACAAUUUUUUUGUUACAGCGAUGUUUAAGGACUUGUCCCUCCCAGUAGCGUCACCAAUGGUGGGGGGGGGGGUUGCACUCUGAACAGGGGUGACACGAGAUGGAAUAUAGUACAUUUGACAGAACUCAGUUUGAUAACAGGUCUAAUUAGUAAAUAAGCAAUGAAAGGUGCCAUCAGCGAAAAGUGUCACCAGUGCAAGGUGCCAUUAGUACAAGGUGCCAACAAUGCAAGGAAGUUGCCUUCAGUGCAUAGAAGGGGUCAUCAGUCCACUGUGCCAUCAGUGCAAGGUGCCAUCAGUGCAAGGUGCCAUCAGUGCAAGGUGCCAGAAGAGCAAGGGAGAUAACAUCAGUGCAAGGUGCAAUCAGUACAAGGUGCCAUCAAUGCAAGGAAGUUGCCAUCAGUGCAAAGAAGGGGCCAUCAGUCCAAUGUGCCAACAGUGCAAGGUGCCAUCAGUGAAAGGAAGUUGCCAUAAGUGAAAGGUGCCAUCAGUGAAAGGUGUAAUAAGACAAAGGUUUCACAAGACAAAGCAGACUAAAACGAAAUCCACAGGGAACUUAGUCGUAAGGAUGGUGACACCAUGAGUUUACACCACUGCUUGACGCCAUGAGUUUACACCACUGCUUGACGCCAUGAGUUUACACCACUGCUUAACACCAUGAGUUUACACCACUGCUUGACAACAUGAGUUUACACCACUGCUUAACGCAAUAAGUUUACAGCACUGCUUGACGCCAUGAGUUUACGGCACUUCUUCAAACCACGAAUUUACACCAGUGCUUGACACCAUUUGUUUACACAAAAGCUUGACACCAUGAGUCUACAGCACUGGGUGACACCAUGAGUUUACACCACUGAGUGACACUAUGAGUUUACAGCACUGGGUGACACCAUGAGUUUACACCACUGCUUGACACUAUGAGUUUACAGCACUGCGUGACACUAUGAGUUUACAGCACUGCGUGACACUAUGAGUUUACAGCACUGCGUGACACUAUGAGUUUACAGCACUGCUUGACACUAUGAGUUUACAGCACUGCGUGACACUAUGAGUUUACAGCACUGCGUGACACUAUGAGUUUACAGCACUGCUUGACACUAUGAGUUUACAGCACUGCUUGACACUAUGAGUUUACAGCACUGCUUGACACUAUGAGUUUACACCACUGCUUGACACUAUGAGUUUACAGCACUGCGUGACACUAUGAGUUUACAGCACUGCUUGACACUAUGAGUUUACAGCACUGCGUGACACUAUGAGUUUACAGCACUGCGUGACACUAUAAGUUUACAGCACUGCGUGACACUAUGAGUUUACAGCACUGCGUGACACUAUGAGUUUACACCACUGCUUGACACUAUGAGUUUACAGCACUGCGUGACACUAUGAUUUUACAGCACUGCGUGACACUAUGAGUUUACAGCACUGCGUGACACUAUGAGUUUACCCCACUGCUUGACACUAUGAGUUUACACAACUGCUUGACACCAUGAGUUUACAGCACUGCUUGACACUAUGAGUUUACACCACUGCUUGACACAAUGAGUUUACAGCACUGCGUGACACUAUGAGUUUACAGCACUGCUUGACACUAUGAGUUUACAGCACUGCUUGACACCAUGAGUUUACACCACUGCUUGACACAAUGAGUUUACACCACUGCGUGACACUAUGAGUUUACAGCACUGCUUGACACUAUGAGUUUACAGCACUGGGUGACACCAUGAGUUUACACCACUGCUUGACACUAUGAGUUUACAGCACUGCGUGACACUAUGAGUUUACAGCACUGCGUGACACUAUGAGUUUACAGCACUGCGUGACACUAUGAGUUUACAGCACUGCGUGACACUAUGAGUUUACAGCACUGCGUGACACUAUGAGUUUACAGCACUGCGUGACACUAUGAGUUUACAGCACUGCGUGACACUAUGAGUUUACAGCACUGCGUGACACUAUGAGUUUACAGCACUGCGUGACACUAUGAGUUUACAGCACUGCGUGACACUAUGAGUUUACAGCACUGCGUGACACUAUGAGUUUACAGCACUGCGUGACACUAUGAGUUUACAGCACUGCGUGACACUAUGAGUUUACAGCACUGCGUGACACUAUGAGUUUACAGCACUGCGUGACACUAUGAGUUUACAGCACUGCGUGACACUAUGAGUUUACAGCACUGCGUGACACUAUGAGUUUACAGCACUGCGUGACACUAUGAGUUUACAGCACUGCGUGACACUAUGAGUUUACAGCACUGCGUGACACUAUGAGUUUACAGCACUGCGUGACACUAUGAGUUUACAGCACUGCGUGACACUAUGAGUUUACAGCACUGCGUGACACUAUGAGUUUACAGCACUGCGUGACACUAUGAGUUUACAGCACUGCGUGACACUAUGAGUUUACAGCACUGCGUGACACUAUGAGUUUACAGCACUGCGUGACACUAUGAGUUUACAGCACUGCGUGACACUAUGAGUUUACAGCACUGCGUGACACUAUGAGUUUACAGCACUGCGUGACACUAUGAGUUUACAGCACUGCGUGACACUAUGAGUUUACAGCACUGCGUGACACUAUGAGUUUACAGCACUGCGUGACACUAUGAGUUUACAGCACUGCGUGACACUAUGAGUUUACAGCACUGCGUGACACUAUGAGUUUACAGCACUGCGUGACACUAUGAGUUUACAGCACUGCGUGACACUAUGAGUUUACACCACUGCUUGACACUAUGAGUUUACACCACUGCUUGACACUAUGAGUUUACAGCACUGCGUGACACUAUGAGUUUACAGCACUGCGUGACACUAUGAGUUUACACCACUGCUUGACACUAUGAGUUUACAGCACUGCGUGACACUAUGAGUUUACAGCACUGCGUGACACUAUGAGUUUACAGCACUGCUUGACACUAUGAGUUUACAGCACUGCUUGACACUAUGAGUUUACAGCACUGCUUGACACUAUGAGUUUACACCACUGCUUGACACUAUGAGUUUACACCACUGCGUGACACUAUGAGUUUACAGCACUGCUUGACACUAUGAGUUUACAGCACUGCGUGACACUAUGAGUUUACAGCACUGCGUGACACUAUAAGUUUACAGCACUGCGUGACACUAUGAGUUUACAGCACUGCGUGACACUAUGAGUUUACACCACUGCUUGACACUAUGAGUUUACAGCACUGCGUGACACUAUGAUUUUACAGCACUGCGUGACACUAUGAGUUUACAGCACUGCGUGACACUAUGAGUUUACCCCACUGCUUGACACUAUGAGUUUACACCACUGCUUGACACCAUGAGUUUACAGCACUGCUUGACACCAUGAGUUUACACCACUGCUUGACACAAUGAGUUUACACCACUGCUUGACACUAUGAGUUUACACCACUGCUUGACACUAUGAGUUUACAGCACUGCGUGACACUAUGAGUUUACAGCACUGCGUGACACUAUGAGUUUACAGCACUGCGUGACACUAUGAGUUUACAGCACUGCGUGACACUAUGAGUUUACAGCACUGCUUGACACCAUGAGUUUACACCACUGCUUGACACAAUGAGUUUACACCACUGCUUGACACUAUGAGUUUACACCACUGCUUGACACUAUGAGUUUACAGCACUGCGUGACACUAUGAGUUUACAGCACUGCGUGACACUAUGAGUUUACAGCACUGCGUGACACUAUGAGUUUACAGCACUGCGUGACACUAUGAGUUUACAGCACUGCGUGACACUAUGAGUUUACAGCACUGCGUGACACUAUGAGUUUACAGCACUGCGUGACACUAUGAGUUUACAGCACUGCGUGACACUAUGAGUUUACAGCACUGCGUGACACUAUGAGUUUACAGCACUGCGUGACACUAUGAGUUUACAGCACUGCGUGACACUAUGAGUUUACAGCACUGCGUGACACUAUGAGUUUACAGCACUGCGUGACACUAUGAGUUUACAGCACUGCGUGACACUAUGAGUUUACAGCACUGCGUGACACUAUGAGUUUACAGCACUGCGUGACACUAUGAGUUUACAGCACUGCGUGACACUAUGAGUUUACAGCACUGCGUGACACUAUGAGUUUACAGCACUGCGUGACACUAUGAGUUUACAGCACUGCGUGACACUAUGAGUUUACAGCACUGCGUGACACUAUGAGUUUACAGCACUGCGUGACACUAUGAGUUUACAGCACUGCGUGACACUAUGAGUUUACAGCACUGCGUGACACUAUGAGUUUACAGCACUGCGUGACACUAUGAGUUUACAGCACUGCGUGACACUAUGAGUUUACAGCACUGCGUGACACUAUGAGUUUACAGCACUGCGUGACACUAUGAGUUUACAGCACUGCGUGACACUAUGAGUUUACACCACUGCUUGACACUAUGAGUUUACACCACUGCUUGACACUAUGAGUUUACAGCACUGCGUGACACUAUGAGUUUACAGCACUGCGUGACACUAUGAGUUUACACCACUGCUUGACACUAUGAGUUUACAGCACUGCGUGACACUAUGAGUUUACAGCACUGCGUGACACUAUGAGUUUACAGCACUGCUUGACACUAUGAGUUUACAGCACUGCUUGACACUAUGAGUUUACAGCACUGCUUGACACUAUGAGUUUACACCACUGCUUGACACUAUGAGUUUACACCACUGCGUGACACUAUGAGUUUACAGCACUGCUUGACACUAUGAGUUUACAGCACUGCGUGACACUAUGAGUUUACAGCACUGCGUGACACUAUAAGUUUACAGCACUGCGUGACACUAUGAGUUUACAGCACUGCGUGACACUAUGAGUUUACACCACUGCUUGACACUAUGAGUUUACAGCACUGCGUGACACUAUGAUUUUACAGCACUGCGUGACACUAUGAGUUUACAGCACUGCGUGACACUAUGAGUUUACACCACUGCUUGACACUAUGAGUUUACACCACUGCUUGACACCAUGAGUUUACAGCACUGCUUGACACUAUGAGUUUACACCACUGCUUGACACAAUGAGUUUACAGCACUGCGUGACACUAUGAGUUUACAGCACUGCUUGACACCAUGAGUUUACAGCACUGCUUGACACCAUGAGUUUACACCACUGCUUGACACAAUGAGUUUACACCACUGCUUGACACUAUGAGUUUACACCACUGCUUGACACUAUGAGUUUACAGCACUGCGUGACACUAUGAGUUUACAGCACUGCGUGACACUAUGAGUUUACAGCACUGCGUGACACUAUGAGUUUACAGCACUGCUUGACACUAUGAGUUUACAGCACUGGGUGACACCAUGAGUUUACACCACUGCUUGACACUAUGAGUUUACACCACUGCUUGACACUAUGAGUUUACACCACUGCUUGACACCAUGAGUUUACAGCACUGCUUGACACUAUGAGUUUACACCACUGCUUGACACUAUGAGUUUACAGCACUGCGUGACACUAUGAGUUUACAGCACUGCUUGACACUAUGAGUUUACAGCACUGCUUGACACUAUGAGUCUACACCACUGCUUUACACUAUGAGUUUACACCACUGCUUGACACUAUGAGUUUACAGCACUGCUUGACACCAUGAGUUUACACCACUGCUUGACACAAUGAGUUUACACCACUGCUUGACACUAUGAGUUUACAGCACUGCUUGACACUAUGAGUUUACAGCACUGCUUGACACUAUGCGUUUACAGCACUGCUUGACACUGUGAGUUUACACCACUGCUUGACACUAUGAGUUUACAGCACUGCUUGACACUAUGAGUUUACAGCACUGCGUGACACUAUGAGUUUACACCACUGCUUGACACUAUGAGUUUACAGCACUGCUUGACACUAUGAGUUUACACCACUGCUUGACACUAUGAGUUUACACCACUGCUUGACACUAUGAGUUUACACCACUGCUUGACACUAUGAGUUUACACCACUGCUUGACACUAUGAGUUUACAGCACUGGGUGACACCAUGAGUUUACAGCACUGCGUGACACUAUGAGUUGACACCACUGCGUGACACUAUGUGUUUACACCACUGCUUGACAAUAUGAGUUUACAGCACUGGGUGACACCAUGAGUUUACACCACUGCUUGACACCAUGAGUUUACAGCACUGGGUGACACUAUGAGUUUACAGCACUGCGUGACACUAUGAGUUUACAGCACUGCGUGACACUAUGAGUUUACAGCACUGCGUGACACUAUGAGUUUACAGCACUGCAUGACACUAUGAGUUUACUGCACUGCGUGAAACUAUGAGUUUACAGCACUGCGUGACACUAUGAGUUUACAGCAAUGCGUGACACUAUGAGUUUACAGCACUGCUUGACACUAUGAGUUUACAGCACUGGGUGACACCAUGAGUUUACACCACUGCUUGACACUAUGAGUUUACACCACUGCUUGACACUAUGAGUUUACACCACUGCUUGACACCAUGAGUUUACAGCACUGCUUGACACUAUGAGUUUACACCACUGCUUGACACUAUGAGUUUACAGCACUGCGUGACACUAUGAGUUUACAGCACUGCUUGACACUAUGAGUUUACAGCACUGCUUGACACUAUGAGUCUACACCACUGCUUUACACUAUGAGUUUACACCACUGCUUGACACUAUGAGUUUACAGCACUGCUUGACACCAUGAGUUUACACCACUGCUUGACACAAUGAGUUUACACCACUGCUUGACACUAUGAGUUUACAGCACUGCUUGACACUAUGAGUUUACAGCACUGCUUGACACUAUGCGUUUACAGCACUGCUUGACACUGUGAGUUUACACCACUGCUUGACACUAUGAGUUUACAGCACUGCUUGACACUAUGAGUUUACAGCACUGCGUGACACUAUGAGUUUACACCACUGCUUGACACUAUGAGUUUACAGCACUGCUUGACACUAUGAGUUUACACCACUGCUUGACACUAUGAGUUUACACCACUGCUUGACACUAUGAGUUUACACCACUGCUUGACACUAUGAGUUUACACCACUGCUUGACACUAUGAGUUUACAGCACUGGGUGACACCAUGAGUUUACAGCACUGCGUGACACUAUGAGUUGACACCACUGCGUGACACUAUGUGUUUACACCACUGCUUGACAAUAUGAGUUUACAGCACUGGGUGACACCAUGAGUUUACACCACUGCUUGACACCAUGAGUUUACAGCACUGGGUGACACUAUGAGUUUACAGCACUGCGUGACACUAUGAGUUUACAGCACUGCGUGACACUAUGCGUUUACACCACUGCUUGACACCAUGAGUUUACACCACUGCUUGACACCAUGAGUUUACAGCACUGCUUGACACCAUGAGUUUACAGCACUGCGUGACACUAUGAGUUUACAGCACUGCGUGACACUAUGAGUUUACACCACUGCUUGACACUAUGAGUUUACAGCACUGCGUGACACCAUGAGUUUACAGCACUGGGUGACGCUAUGAGUUUACAGCACUGGGUGACGCCAACACUUUCACCCCCUCCCCCCACACUUCCCCCUUGGUUAUAAACACAUCGUUUUGUUUUUGUUUUUACAGAGAUCAUCAACGUGUUUAACAAACGUAAUUUGGAGAAUUAUCUUUUAGAACAAGUAAGUAAAAUAUAAAUCCAAGAAUUAUCUUUCAGAACACGUAAGUUGAAUAUAAAUCUAUGACUUAUCUUUCACAAUACGUAGAUAAAUAUAAAUCCACAAAACUCGAGUUAUCUUCCCAAAAACUCACAUAAGUUUAACAUAAAACCUUGAUUUAUGAAUUAUCUUUAAAAUAGGUAAGUUAAAUAUCAAUCGAUGAAGUAUGACGUUACCAAGAAUAGAUUUGAAAAUGUCAAUGUUUUUCAUGAUUCACACACUGAAUCACAUAAUGAAGAUAUACUGACUGUGUAUUUGUUAACGAUAACUGCAAUAACAAAAGAUGACGUCAUAAAACUGACCCCCUCUCCCUUUGCAGAAUGACCUGAGCCUCAUCGCCAAAUGCCGCGCAAGCGCAAACUGUGAGAUUGAGCAGCCGAAAGCCAGCACCCAGUCCGUGUUUGAAAGCAACGCGCCUCUCCUCAUAACGUUGAUCGUCCUAUGCAUCGUCUGCCUGGUCGUGCUGCUGGUCGUCGCGGGCUACUUCAGGUUCUUUAGGAGAGGAGUCUACGUGGCCCAAGAGGGGGUGAGCAGCAUGCUCAUAUUUUAAGUUUUCAAAAGUAACGCCAACCCAAUGACAGGUUCAAUGUCUUGGUGUUGAGCUGUAAAUUUUAUUUUAAAAAAAAGGAGUUUGACCUAGGGGUGGGGGAUGGCAUGACCUUGACCUGGCUUGUACCCUGUUCUUGAUUUUCUUUCUUCACGAAAAUCACAAAUUACAAAGAAAAAACAACAUCAGCAGCAAACAACAACAAAUGCAAAUAUUUUUUUUGUGUGUUAAAGUCUGCGCACAGCGUGGACACAACUGUUGGUUGCACAGCGUGGACACAACUGUUGGUUGCACAGCGUGGACACAACUGUUGGUUGCACAGCGUGGACACAACUCUUGGUUGCACAGCGUGGACACAACUGUUGGUUUGCAUUCUGAGUAUUUAAUAACAAAGCGUAACAUGGGGAGAAAAAGAAAGAUCGCCAAUGGUUACCUUUAUUGAUUACACACAAAUCCUAUUUUUUGUCCAGUUUAACUAUUCAAUAGUUUCAAUAAGUUCCUUUGCUGUCAUCUUUGUUCCUGAAAACCGUUGGCUCUGAAUGUAUUAUAUUACAUUCACUGUAAGGGACCGAGCUAUUGCUCUUUUAAGGCCCCGGGAAGUAUGGGUAAAUUCAAAGAAGUUCACCUUUCUUCCGUAAGUCUAUAAACCUUCAAAAUUCUGUUUAAAAAUCUUAUCCAUUAUCAUCAUCCAUAUCCAGUAGACAUUUCGGCUUAAUUCCGAAGCCACGGUGGUGCACAGUCUCCGCAGCUGUUCCUUGUUUGUGUGUAGGAUGUUGGUGGUGUUGUAUGAGUCCUGUGCGCAGGCGAAAUAUAAGGUCUGAAUUGUUGAUGUCUUUGGAGGCAGUUCAGUGGGGUCUUUAGUGUCCGGGCAGGACAUGUGUAUAAAUAAACGUUUUCCUGUUGACAUGUGUAUGAAUAAAAACGAUUUCCUGUUGACAUGUGUGUGACGUCUGAACUCGGUAAAUACUUUGAUUUUUUCCUUUCCAAUAUUAUCCGGUGUUAUUGUUCGUAUUCCUAAUUUCACACAACGCGCUACAACGUCAUCUCUAUUCCUGGAUCCGGCAACUGAUGCCUGCUCCUAUCAGUGGGUUAUUUCUUGACCCCCAAACGUUUGAAUAAGGCAAUGCACUCUCACUACGACACAGGGCAGUAGAUUUCAUUAAAUAUUAUUUAAAUUGAGAAAUUAAAUUUUUUUUUUUGUGUGCAACAUUUGGGCAACAUUUGGGCAACAUUUGUGCAACAUUUGGGCCCACCUGGUAUUCUCUGUAAAUACCCGGACCCGGUGUAAAAAAAAAACAACAAAAAAAAAACAGCUGCACUGAUUUAAGCCCUAGUAUGUUUAUCUAUUGAUUGAUUGCAGGAAGGGACUAACCUGGCCGACAGGCGGCGCUACUUCAACGUCAAUCCAAGUCCUUUCACAGACGAGCAGAUCAUGAAGGACGAGGUCGCCAUGGAGAAAGGGGAGAAGCCGGAGAAGGUCGAAAACCCGUCCUGCAAUGGGAGCGACCCGGUCGGGGGAGACAGCAACACUUGGGUUAUACCCCUGGAUGACGCCCCUGUCAUCCCCCCUGUCAUAAAUAAUGAGGACACCCAACUCUAGGCCUUAACCCUCCAGACUCCAAUUAUUUUUUUUUACAUUAAUCCUUUUAAAAAAGAUCAACAACAAAAAACCCGUGUUUAUAAAGUAAACGCGUCAUUUUUCAUUAACGCGUUUAUCCCCACAAAAAGUAUGUUAAGGAUUUAGGCAGUGCUAGAGAUUCGUAUGAAAUGAUGGAUAACUUGGUGCCGAGUUUCCCCAAUUUUCACUACGGUUUUCCUCGAGUCCGAGUGUUAUGUCUGGACACGCGGGUUAAAAGCUGUAAUUAUUUAGAAAGACUAAUUUCCUCAAAACCUCUAAAUUUGAUAAAACUAACAUUAUUCAAACCUCUGCUGUCAGAUUUGAUAUUUUUCGGCAUCGAACAAAAAAACAACAAACAAACAAAGAAACACGGCUAAAUUUUGAGGUGUCCAAAUAAAACGUUGAUCACCAUCAUUGUCGAAUUGCGUGCCUUCCGAUUUCAUGUAAAGAUUGAGUCUCUGUCUUAAUCAGUGGCUCCCAAACUUUUAUCGUCAAGAGCCUAAGCUAACACUUGAAAAAGAUAAAUGCCCGCGCGCCCCCCCCCCCCUAUUUCAUGUAAAGAUUGAGUCUCUGUCUUAAUCAGUGGCUCCCAAACUUAUAUCGUCAAGAGCCUAAGCUAACCCUUGAAAAAAAUAAAUGCCCGCGCCCCCCCCCCCCCCUUUUUUGUGUUUGUUACCAAAGGAUUUAGAGAAAAAGAAAAAAAAAACAGAUCUCCAUGCUGCCGCCAACAAUUCUAGUGACGCCCCCUCUGCGCGGAUUGAGCGUCACUGUCAUAGGAUUAACUUGACAAUGAUUGAAAUAAUGUGUAUUGCAAAACACGACAAUACAUUGCCGUGGUUACGUUCAAAAAAUGUUUUGUUGAAAAUCAAACACACCCCAAAACUUUAAAAGAACAUUUUUUUUAAUCUCUGAAGCCCCCCCCCCCUCUUUUUUUUCCACCCACUCUAAUAUCUUCAAGCUGCUUGCAUCCCUCGUACUGCGUUCGAAAUGAUAGACAUUGUUAAAUGGAUAAUUUUGUGUCUAAGACACAGCAGACUGUGGAAGAAUAGGAGAUUAUCUCCCUUGGGAUGAUUGUUGUUGAAAAAAGUUCAUAUAACCAGAAUGAACGAAUCGAUUCUGUUGUCAGUUUGAAUAUUUGUAAAAUGUGAAUCUUUUAAAAUGUCGAGCCCAAUGUGUUUAUUUAUUAUCAUUCUCUAAUCAUUAUAUUAUCACGGUGUUGCAUUAUGUGAACUUGCCUGGUCGCUUGUUUAGUCGACAUUCGUCUCAUUAUCACACCGUGAUCUUUCCCAUCUGAAAGGUUCUCAACCAAUACUUAUAAAGGAGACACCCGCUAGAAGACACCUUUUUUCAAUUGCUAUGUCAGACGCUUGUAAAUUAAGUCUAGUAUACACACCACCAUAGUGCCUUCCUUCCUGUUCAAUUUUUAAAUGUCACAAAUCUCAUUGUCACAUAUUUUGUGUGUGACGUUAUGCAAACUGGAAAAAUCUUUAUAUCAGUUAUUAUUGUAAGGAAACCUCUUAAAAUACACGGCAAAAGGUUUCAGUAUUUUUCAAAGAAACCUCUUCGUGUCAAAAAAUUGUCUUAAUUCGGUUUGUUUUUUGUUUUCAAGAAAUUAUUAUUUGUUAUGAAAAGCGACAUAUUCGUUUGUUUCAUGCCACUAUUGAAUACCCAGGUAAUGACAAUUGAUUAUCAGCCCAUGCUUGAACAUGCAAUUAUAAAUGUUUAUGUUGUAGUUAGUUUAUACCUAUUUAUAUUGCAGUUAAUUUAUGGAAUAUCAUAACUUUGUACGUUUAUUUCAAAGUUUUCAUUUAAAAAAAAAAAUUAUUUAAUUGUACCAUGAAUUACUUCCCUUGUGGAUGUUCGAACACUGCAGUCAUGUGGUGUUGGUUUUUGAUGCCGUUUAAUGACUUUGUUUUACUUGACUUUGCCUCCAUCUGUGCUUUGUACAUAUCGAGUCCAGGGUUCGAAUAUGGUCUUAUUCUGUUCUAUAACACAUAGUUCAGGUAACUCCUCAUUCCUCUCCUAGGUCAUAGUAUAAUAUAUUUCCAAUGUUCAUCUGUAAAUAUUUGUCAAAUAAGUUUAUUUUUUAAAAUAAUUUUUUUUAAAUAAAAUUUUUUCAUCUUACAUAAUAUAGAAGAGAGAUUUUUAAAAAAAAAGAGUCCAGAAUGUUGAUGAGUGAGACGGUUUCUGUUAAGGUCUAAAAAUGUGCUUCAUUGCUGAAAUAGCUCCUGUUUUGUUUAAAUUCGUUUUCAUUCAGAUUUACUCUUUUGGAUUAGCCCAAGGAUUACGAUGUUAAGGAUUUUCAUACAAAUUAAUUAAGAAGGAAAUUCUAAAGAUACAUAAGUAGAAACAAUUUAUUUCUAAUUGAAAUGUUUUCUUUUAGUACUUGUAAAUUUUUUUUAGAGCUGUAUGCGUGUGUUUAAGAAUUAUGUAGAUUGAUGCAGUAUGUCGGAACAUUAUGUUGAGUCAUAAAACACAUAUUUUGUAUUAUGACCAGGAAAACGAAACAUAACGUAGAGCCAGCGAGACCCCCGUAAUUUAAUAUGUAUUUAUUACUACGAUAUUAUUUUAUCUUCCUACAACGCGUUUUUACUCCUUUAACUUUUUUCUUUCUUCUUUUUCAUCUCAUUAUGUAAUCUUUGCAAAAAAAAUAAAAAAAAUAAGGUUAAUUUUUUUUUUGAGAUUGUAACGACAGGCCGAUAAAAUAAAUUGAAAUAUAAUUGAAGCUAAUAUCGGCAGGAUUCUAUCAUAUAUUCUUGAACAAAUUACUUCAAUAAUAGCCAUUUUUAAAAAUCACAACCCUAUAUCAGUAAAAAAAUAAUAUUAAAAAGCAAUCCUUAACUAUUAAUCUCUGUACAAUACACGUUAAACUACGUGCCCUUUCUGCCUCUUGCGGAAGUGGGGGCAACUAAACCUUUCGGGGAUCCCUGGGCUUGGCUAGUCGACGGGAUUUAAGUAGACUGCAUUUUGAGAGUAUACAAAGAAGGGCUCAAGGGAAAAAACCAGUGAGGUCAGGUUUUGAGAGUUUUGAGAAAAUUUGAAUUUUAAGUUGGAAAAUUCCUCAUAAAAGUAUGAACAUAUCAAGAUGUCUACGUAUUUAUUUAUUGACUACGCUGCUUUUUCAGUUGGACCUAUGUAUCAUAUUAUUCUAUUAAAUGGAAUGUAGCCACAAGGGAGAUAACAUAGAAAUUUAAAAAAAACUGACAUCACUGGUUUUUCCCUUGAACCCUUCUAUUUAACUAUCUAUUAAAUUGCAGAACCAAGUCAAGGGCGGGGAACUGAGCUUUUGCUUGAUUUUAGAAUGUGUGUGCAUGGGUUGUCUAACUUAAACAUUGGUUCAUGUACUGAAUAAAGAUUUCUU